AUGAACCGGUUCAAGAAGUUUGACACGUCUUUGGAAGAGAUUGACCUCAACGGGGAGGGACUAACGGCUGUUCCACCGUCAAUAAGUUCGGUGACAAACCUCAAUAAACUGGAUCUUAGUGAUAAUGAUCUAUCAAUAUUACCCGGAGGAAUAGCUAAGUUAAAGCAGCUAAAAGAACUGAAUUUGUCAAUGAAUGCAUUUCAAGAGAUUCCAUCCUGUGUGUAUGAACUCAAGACACUAACACUGUUGCUGGCACUUCGUAAUAACAUAAAGACUUUAUCAUCAGACAUCGCUCUACUCAAUCAGUUAACUGUAUUAAAUGUAUCCUUCAACCAAAUGAAUAGUAUUCCACCUGCUGUAUAUAAUCUUCACUCACUAAGAGAAUUACACGUCUGUGGCAACAACAUCUCAUCAAUUGCACAAGAUAUCUCUAAACUCACGGAGCUACAUACGCUGAACGUGUCUGACAACAAUAUAAAAGUACUACCAUCAUCUGUUUUCCAUCUGCGAGGCCUGAAAGAUUUGCGCAUAAAUAACAAUAAGAUAAUGUUCCUGUCGUCGGAAAUUUCACAACUUGAACAACUGGAGAGACUGGAUGUACACGGUAAUAAACUGAGUGGAAUCCCUACUUGUGUAUUCAAACUGAUGACGCUGAGAGAGCUGGACCUAGGUUUCAAUCAAUUAAGUUUCCUACCCAAGGACAGUUCUCAACUGCAUCAACUGUGGAGGUUGAAUAUGUCCUAUAACAAGUUGACGGAGAUUCCACCUUGUGUGUUCGGCCUCAAGACAUUAAAGCAACUGCAUCUAAGGGGUAAUGACAUAACAACGGUGCCAGAUACCAUCUCACAACUUAAGAUCUUGGAGACGCUGGAUAUAUCUUCUAAUCAAAUACACGAAUUGCCUUCUGGAAUAGGUGAGCUUGGUAAGCUGGUCCGAAUGUAUGCUCGAAGUAACGCAAUGACUUCUAUCUCAUCAAAUAUUGGCAAACUUCAAUACCUUGAGGUCUUGAACUUAUCAAACAACAAUCUUAUGAAGCUCCCUCCAACGUUUGAGAAUCUUGUUGCGCUUGAAAAAUUGGACCUAAGCAACAAUGAAUUUCACAAGGUACCUGAAUCAUUAAAAAACUUGUCUAAGUGUGAAGUUUUAGUGAAUGAAAAUCCCAUUAGUACAGACAACAAUGACGACGAACGUGAGAACACUGAGACGAAAACAGUAAUAUGCCUUCGCGAGGCACAGGAAACCAGGAAGUACGACCUACCCGGCGGUUUUUUUCUGAUGAUCCCCCCUGACACCAUUCGUAAGCAUAUUGAUUUGACAGUGACUACAACAGACGUCGAGGUAGUGCGUGGUUUGAAUAAUUACAAAUGGGUAGAAUCGAAAGUCACUAUAAUCAAACCAACACACGUGUCGUUAUUUAAACAUGUUAUACUCGGCUUCAACCCAUCAGUAGAUAACGUAGCGGUAAGGGAGUAUGUAAUACUGUACAGCGACGACGGUGCACUGUGGCAUGAGACAUCAACAUUUAAGGAUGUUCAGCCAGUCGGUACUGAAAUAAGACAGUUUGGGUUUUUCGUUGCUGUUUCACGGUCUAUUGAGGAACGUUUUCAGAUAGAUGCGGGUGGUGGUACAGUGAAAUCAGACGUGGUAGAUGGUGUAUCUUUGACAGUACCGCCAGGCUAUACACAGACUAACAUUGAAGUUACAUUGGAGGUUCAUACACCGAAUCAAGCACUCGUAGAUAAUGUCUGUAAAUCAGACGACUCAACAGAGGAACCUGACAUAUCUUUUGGACCAGUCGUCUUUGUGAGCACCAAACAAAAUAGUAAUACUGCUGUUUGUGGCCCAAUAUCAUUGACAAUGACAUUACCUGCUGAAAUACAACAGGAUUCAACACUGAAAUUGAUUGCCGAUAAAGAAAACAAAGGUAUCUGGCAAGAUGUCACCGAUGAAACGGAAUGUAUAAAUCGAACAAGUACAAGUAUUUCCAUUCAGACAAACAAUUUAGUCAGCCAUACAAGUAUGCGCAUGCGCAGUGGAUUAGAGAAGAGUGCCGAAGAUUAUUGUAACCAAGUCGUCGACAAACUGCAACAAGGUAUCACACUGAUGAACAUACUCCUUCUGCAAAAUGUCUCUGACCCAAAGCAGUUGUUGGUUGCUCUCGUAGAAAAAAGUAUGCUACAACAACGAAUAGAAGAGUUCACUAAUAAUGGUUUUGGUAAACUCAAUGGCAUGCAUUAUUCACUUGAUAUACAGAUGAAAGACAGUGAACGCGUCUACAUACAACUCCCGGAUGAUUGCCGGCGCAAAACAAAGAUUGACAAUUGUCCCUACUACGCAUCUUUGAACACGCAUUGGACCGUGGAAGUAGAACCCAUACCGGAAGUGUUUACCUGGACAGCUAUGGGAAAGUAUACUCGCUCCGUAGAAUUUUACAAAGAUACUACACCAACAGCCGGACAGACUGGUAAAGAAAUUCUUGCAGAAUUACAGUUUGUCAUACAAAAACCCGAAGGUCAAAUAGUGAGUAAAGAGAGAAUACCAAAAAAUGUUCCAGUAUCAAAAGAACAUACACCGGAAAUGAAAGCUUUGAUAUCUGUAGUUGCAAGAGAACUGCCUGCGGAUGAGUGGAAAUUCUUCGCCCGCGACAGACUCGCAAUAAUGGAGAGAGACCUUGAAAGUAUUGUGCAUGAUUAUGGAAGAUUAAUGGAACAGAAGUACCAAAUGCUUUUGCUCUGGUUAGAAAAUAGUGAAGGCCAUGCUACGGUUAAUAUUCUGUUAGAACACCUAAAACACCAUAAACUGAAAAAUGUACUUUUUGAAGUAGAAAAACAAUUGAAGAUAAAGUAUUCUUAA